AUGCUCGAUAUCAAUAUAGACUUUAAACGUCACAAAUGGGCGAUAAUAUACUGUUCAAUAUCCGCCAUAGGGGCCUUUGUCUUUGGGUAUGAUAACACCUAUUACAGUGGAAUCCUCGGCAUGCAGGAGUUCAAGAAUGACUACGGUAGUCAAUAUGAGAAUGGUCAAAAGGCACUUGCAACCAGCUUCACUUCCCUUACAACUUCCAGUAUUUACAUUGGCGACAUGGUUGGUGCCUUUCUCGCUGGACCGUUGAACGAUCGUUUCGGCCGUAGAAUUGUUCUUUGGAUCGCUUCGUUUCUCGUUCUAGCAGGUGGUAUUACACAAACUGCGGAUACUCAUAUCGAGGGGGUCAUUGUGUUGGGUCGAAUUCUCAUUGGCCUUGGGGUUGCUAGUAGCAUGGGAGAGGUGGCGCCUAUUGAGAUCCGCAGCCCGGCACUCUACAUGUACCAGUUCAUCCAAUCCUGCUCGCAACUAGUCGCUUCCGGCACCACGCAAGGCACGAAUGAAAUCAAGUCAUCUCUUUCAUACAAACUACCAAUGGGCGGUCUUGUCAUUCUACCUCUUGUGGCAUUUGCGCUUUUGCCAUUUAUCCCGGAGAGUCCGACCUGGUAUGUGUUCCGGGGAAGACGACACGAGGCCGAAACCGCGCUCCGAAAGAUUCACCAAAACAAUCCGACAUAUGACCCAUCUGCCGAUAUCACCCUACUGGAACGGGCAAGAGAAUAUGACAAUGAACAGGCAAAGGCAUCAUCAUGGAAGUCAUUGAUCUGCGAUCCCGUCGAGCGCAAAAAAUUGAUUUGGGCCGCAGGUGGGAUCAAAUUUGUGGUAUCAUCUUUUUUUUACAACUAUGGGGUGGUUUUUGCGCAGGAAAUUGGUGUCUCCCAGCCAUUCACCAUCACCCUUAUCACGAUGAUUCUGCAAAUAUUCGCGGUCGCGGCCUCGGUGCUUACGGCGAACAAGCUCAGACGACGAACAAAUCUCCUCAUCAGCACCGGGUUGAUCUUCAUGUCCUUCAUCGUGAUCGGGGGUAUCGGUACGCAAAAGGAGCUUUCGACGGCAUCGAAAUACGUUAUUGUGAUUUUCUCCUACGUCGUGAUCUGCGCAUACAAUUUCGGUCAGGGGCCCUUGACAUACGCUAUUACACGUGAAUUAUCCGUUGGGGUUAAUCAAAAUAAGAUCAUUUCGAUCUCGAUUGUUGCUCUUUACUUCUUCUUGUGGGUCAUUUCUUUCACGGCACCAUACCUUUACUAUGACGCCGGGCUUGGGCCAAUGGUCGGUUUCGUUUACGCUGCGACAACUCUCACUUCGCUUGCUUGGGUUUGGUUUUGUGUUGGAGAGACUCAAGAGAGAACACAGGUGGAGAUUGCUACAUUCUUUGAGGAGGGUAUUCCGGCUCGUCAAUGGCAAAAUCAUGUCUUCGCUGAUAAUCGGGGGCAGGAGAAAGCUUUGAGAAGCCAGGAUGGAAGGAAAAUGACCAUGUAA